UCCCCUCUGUCCCGUUACAGAAUGGUGGCUUCCAUGUUCCUCCGGGUGGCCUUCAGCCUGGUUGGUUGGUUGUUCCUCUACGCCUGGUCUUGCUAUCGCUACAAGGACCGCACCUAUGAGUGGAGCUGCCGAUUGGUCACUCUGACCCACGGAGUCCUGGCCACUUGCCUCUGUGGCUACAUUGGCUUCAUCGAUGGCCCGUGGCCAAUGUCUUAUCCAGGAUCGCCAAACACCACUCUCCAGAUCCACGCAUUGUGUAUGAGCUUGGGCUACUUUUUGUUCGACUUGGGCUGGUGCGUCUACUUCCAGGCUGAAGGGGUGCUGAUGCUUGCCCAUCACACGGUGAGCAUCUUAGGGAUCAGCGUGUCCCUCGUUCUGGGCGAGUCGGGGCCUGAAGUCAACGCGGUCAUCUUUGGCAGCGAGAUCACCAACCCGUUCCUGCAGGCCCGGUGGUUUUUGCGGGAGAAGGGGCUCUACCACAGCUUCACGGGGGACGUGGUGGACUUCUUCUUCGUGGUGCUCUUCACAGGGGUGCGCAUCGGGGUCGGGGCCUGGCUCAUGUACUGCGUGUUGAUGUCACCCAAGCCGAAGUGGUUCAUCAAGGUCGGGGGCGUGAUCAUGUACUCCGUUUCUUGGGUCUUCAUGGUCAGCAUCUGCCGGUUUGCCCGGCGGAAAAGCAUAAAGAAGUACCAGGCCUGGAGGAGCCGGUUCAGCCAAGAGAUGAAUUCGACCGCCAACGGGCACCUGAAGAGCCAUUGA